GUAAUCAUAGCCAGCUGCUAUCGCACACUCAUGGGAAUAAUGAAUUUAUUUGGAUUAGAAACUAAGACCUGCUGGAAUGUCACCAGACUAGAACCUCUAAAUGAAAUUCAAAGCUGUGAAGGUCUGGGAGACCCUGCUUGCUUUUAUGUUGGUGUGAUUUUUAUUUUAAAUGGAGUAAUGAUGGGAUUGUUCUUCAUAUACAGUACAUACCUGAGGAAGGUUACUAGAGCUAAUAAGUUAUCUCAGCAAAGUUACAGGGUACAAGAUCAACAUGCAAAAAUCAGUUGUAUUUCUAUAUACUGUACUGAACAGUUUAGAAAGGAAAUGAAGAAACCUAUCUUAUUUAAAAUAGCAUCUGAAAGAAUAACAUAUCUAAGAAUAGCCUCAUUAUUUCCCAUGUAUGUUGUGGGGUACAUUGAGUCAUACAAAUUUCAGAAGAUCAUUUAUAUGAACAUGAUUUCAGUUCUGCUUUGUUUCAUUUUAAUGUUUGGAAAUCCAAUGUACUUAUCUUCUUAUUAUUCCUCAUCUUUGUUAAUGACAUGGGUUAUAAUUCUAAAGAGAACUAAAAUUCAAAGAUUGGGAGCAUCUGAACUCAACUUUUGGCUAAUUCAAGGUUGUAUUUGGUGGCUUGGAACAAUUAUUUUGAAAUUUUUGACAUCUAAAAUCUUAGGCGUUUCAGAUCAUAUUCGCCUAAGUGAUCUUAUAGCAGCCAGAAUCUUAAGGUACACAGAUUUUGAUACCUUGAUAUACACCUGUGCUCCUGAAUUUGACUUUAUGGAAAAAGCGACACCACUGAGAUACACAAAGACAUUAUUGCUUCCAGUUGUUGUGGUGAUUACUUAUUUAAUCUUUAAAAAGAUCGUUCGUGAUAUUCUGUGUGUCUUAAGUAAAAACACUUAUCUAAGAAAACAGCUCCUUGAAAAUGGUGAGCUGGUUUUUCACACUUUGCAGUUGGUAGCAUUUACUGCCCUUGCCAUUUUAAUUAUGAAGCUGAAGAUGUUUUUGACACCUCACAUGUGUAUUAUGGCUUCCUUGAUUUGCUCUCGACGGCUCUUUGGCUGGCUUUUCAGCAGAGUUCGUUUUGAGAAUGUUAUCUUUGGCAUUCUAACUGUAAUGUCAAUACAAGGUUGUAUAAAUCUCCAUAAUCAAUGGAGCAUAAUAGGAGAAUUUAAUAAUUUGCCUCAAGAAGAACUUAUACAAUGGAUCAAAUACUAUACCAGACCAGGUAAUCAGCUCUUUGGUUAUAUAUGUAUACCCACAUUUAGGGCCCGGACAAAAAUAGUUUAUUCUGCAUAUAGUCGAAAAUCCGCCAGAGAAGUGAGAGAUAAAUUGUUGGAGUUACAUGUGAAUUAUUAUAUUUUAGAAGAGGCGUGGUGUGUUGUGAGAACUAAGCCUGGUUGCAGUAUGCUUGAAAUUUGGGAUGUGGAAGACCCUUCCAAUGCAGCUAACCCUUCCCUGUGUAGCAUCUUGCUUAAGGAUGCGAGGCCUUACUUCACCACAGUAUUUCAGAACAGUAUGUACAGAGUACUGAAGGUUAACUGA